AUGGACACAGAACCUCAAUCAUUAAUCAAUUCCACAUGUCUUGAUCUUCUCAUGAAUGAAAUUGUUCCAUUAGCUAUACGAACAACAGAAGAACAAUCAAAUCCCAUAGAUCAACCUACAAAUGAUGAAUCAGAAUUAAUUAAAAAACUAGAUAUCUCUCCCAUAACAGCAGGUGGUGUUGAAAUAUUUGAUAGUGAAUAUAUUCAAAGUGAAGAUGUUUAUUAUAAAGUUGAACAAUAUGGAUUCAGUAUAGGUAUUAGAAUUUCAGAAAUUUUGAUAUAUAAAAAUUCAAAUAAUGAAAUUUUAAAAAAUUUAGAAUUAUUAAAUAUAAUGAAAUUCAUAUGUAGAGAUGUUUGGAAAUUAAUUUAUGGGAAACAAAUGGAUAAUUUAAGAACAAAUCAUAAAGGUACUUUUGUACUUAUUGAUAAUAGUUUUAAAAUUUUUAAUAAUUAUGAUAGUCCAAUUGAUUUAAAUGAUACAAUAUUAAAAUCAAAACCUUAUCUUUAUAUACCCACUGGUAUUAUUAGAGGUGUAUUGAAAAGUUUUGGUGUGGAAAGUAUAGUUACACCAGAAAUUACAAAAUUUCCAAGUGUUUCAUUUAAUAUCCAAACAAGUUGA